UAAAGAUUACCCUCUUUGGAAGAAUUUCGUCUCAGGAAUUUUCAGGAAUGUGAUUCAUGAUCCGACGCGAUUCUGCUGAAAGACCAUGGAUUCGAAUACACAUCACCGGAAUAAUGAAGCACCCAGCAGACAGAGAAGUAAACAUGACAGUGUAUGGCGCAAUAUUAUUCGGAAUUUCACUCCUGGGUGGUUUUCGGUUAAUAUGGGCACAGGGAUCGUCUCUAUUUUGCUCAACACCCUCCCCUAUAAUGGAGAGUGGCUCUAUUGGAUUUCCGUAGUAGUCUUUGCAUUCAAUGUGUUGAUUUUCGUGAUAUUCCUCUUUUUAUCGAUCCUGAGAUAUGCGUUCUAUCCAGAGAUCUUCCCGGUGAUGGUCACCCAUCCGACCCAGUCACUGACCUUGGGCACAUUCCCCAUGGGACUGGCAACUAUUAUCAAUAUGAUUUGCUUUGUCUGUGUCCCAUCUUGGGGGCCAUGGGCAAGUUAUCUUGCCUGGGGCUUGUGGAUGGCGAACGUUGUCUUUUCCGUCGCGACGUGUUUUGCACUAUUGUUUAUCAUGACGACGAGUGAAGGGGGGGUUCUGUUAUCCUCCGCAAGUGCAACAUGGUUGCUUCCGAUUGUCUCGUGUGUUGUCACAUCGGCAUCUGGCUCGGUUGUAGCUGAGGUGCUCCCGGAUCCACAAUAUGCUCUUGGGACCAUAGUUGCGAGUUAUGUGGUAUGGGGGAUUGGCGUUCCGAUGGCAUUGAUGAUGACGGUGAUUUAUCUUUUGCGGUUGAUGCUGUAUAAGCUGCCGCCCAAAGUAGCUAUUGCCAGCACGUUCUUGCCAAUAGGACCUCUAGGUCAGGGAGGAUAUGGAAUCCAAAAACUCGGACAAGCAGCAAAGAUGGUCUUCCCACAAACCGGGACGUUGCAGCCAGGAACAGGCGACAUUCUGUAUGAUGUUGGAUUUCUCGUUGGGCUGAUAUUCUGGGGCUUCGGGCUCGUAUGGCUUUUCUUCGCGGUAGCAACUGUCCUGCGAGUGCGCAGGUUCUCGUUCAACCUGGGCUGGUGGUCAUUUGUGUUUCCUCUUGGGGUUUAUGCGACCUGUACAAACCAGCUGGGUCAGGAUAUGCCUUCGCGGUUUUUCAGGGUUCUAGGAACGAUUCUCUCUCUAAGUGUUGUUAUAUCGUGGAUCGUGGUGUCGUAUUUCACUGCCAGAGGAGUCUACAAACAGAAUUUGUUUGUAGAUCCCUGUCUGACGGUUUCGCAUGAGAAACAACAAAGGAAGCUAGAGCAGCAGCAUCGCGACAGACAUAGCUAUCCUUGAGUAUACAAUAAUGUAUAAUAAUGUCAAGUCUAUACACGUGACUUUGAUACCAAGAUUGAUAGCUGAGUCAAGAGCGG